AUGUCCGCCACAAUAGCAGAGGGCUCUUUCAACAAAACCUUUCGACUGGCGAUGGAUAAUGAGUCUGCUGCAAUUGCCAAAAUCCCCCAUCCUAUUGACGGGCCAAAAUACUACACCACUGCACCAGAAGUGGCGACAAUGGAUUUUGCUGGCACCAUCCUACAGAUACCUCUUCCUCAGGUUUAUGCCUGGAAUUUAUACAUUGAUAGUGCAGAAUACAUACAUCAUCAUGGAGGAAGCUCCUGGGACAAAGCUAGAGGAUGUCACACCGAUCUCCAUUCCGGCAAUCUCUUCGUAGAUAACGGUCACAUCACCAGCGCCAUUGACUGGCAGGGGGCUUGGGCUGGGCCUCUGUUUCUUGAAAGGCGUCAUCCACGACCCAUUGAUCAUCAUGGCGAUGUGUUUUGA